AUGAAUACUGAAGACACUGAAAUUAAUAAUAAAAAUAAAGAAGCACGUUUAAAAUAUUUUCGUGAUCAAAAGCGAAAAAAAAUUGCUACUGAAACUGCUGAAGAGCAAGAAAUGCGUCUUGCACGUGACCGAGAACAAAAAAGGGAAAAAAGAAAAGCCAGAACUGCUGAAGAACAAGAAAUGCAUAUUGAACAUGAACACAAUCAAAAACAAAAGAAAGUAGAUAUGGAAACUGCUACUGAGCGAGAAGAACGUCUUGCAC